AUGGAAUCAGUUCCACAAAGAGAGGUUGUGGUGGCUCGAUACGAGCGGAUGGUCGAGAAAAUUGCAGACAAUGACUCCGCCAGUGUCAAGGCUUGGCUUACCAAGAACACGACAGACAAUACUCCAUGGGUUCUUCGGGCGCUACCUGAGUACGUCCAAGUGCUCAAGAAUCAGUUCCCUGGGUUUUUGCACAUCAUCAAGCAUUCUCGCAAUAGCGGUGUCGUCAAUGGCACUGCCUUGCUUUCAAUCAAUCACAAGGUACAUACUGUGGAUGCAGAGACGCGCCCGACGUACCUAUACCGCACUAUCCAUGGCGAUCACCCUUACAAAGGAAUCAAAGCCAGACUAGGCCGAGGGACAGAUCCAAUCUUUUUGCACAUUCACUUACGCAAACACCUCCGCUGGCGUUGUCGGGAACUGAGUCCCUUUCUGUCAUCAACCGAUAGCCUUGCAAAAGCAGUGCGCAUCGCCAAGUUAUAUGAGGACCGAGGCUUCUCUGAUAUCACAAUCUUGAAGUUCAAAACCAUUGGCCCAGCAUGGGAUCACGACAAACAAAGACUAUGGGAUCCGAAAUCGCUGCUUCGACAGCUCAACCUGCAUGGAGACAUUAUGCAUUACCUCGAUAACGAGUUUCUCGUUGAGCAUUCUAUCCCGGAGUCGUGCAUCGAGAAACGCUGGAAGUGGGGAAGAAGGAAAGCCGAAUUCGACCCCGACGGCGAUCUCGAGAGACGGGCUCGCGAGGAUUUGGAUGCGAAGAAGGCCAUGGCGGAUAAGGCGAAGAAGCGACGCGAAGCGGUGAAGAAGCAAGAGGAAAAUGCAGCUGCGAGAAAGCGCAAGGCCUCUGAUGAAGGCGGCGAAGACGGGAACUCCGGCGACGAUGACCAGGAUGGGUUGAAGCCUUGGCCAGAGAAAAGAAAGUACGGCAAGCGGGUCAAAGUUGGUGUUAAGCUGAGGCGCGACGGUGGUGAUUGA